AUGGUGAAUGGUGAUGGUGGUGGUUGCGGUGGUGGUGAUGGUGGCAGCAAUGGUGGAGUUAUAGUGGUGUGGUGGCAAUUGCAGUUUGGUGGUGGUGGUGGUGACGGUGGCGGCAAUGAUGGUGGCAACAAUGGUGGUAGUGGCGGUUAUGGUUGUGGUGGUAGUGGUGGCGAUUGCAGUUAUGGUGGUGGUGAUGACGGUGAUGGUGGUGACAAUAGUGGUAAUGGCAGUUGUGGUUGUGAUUGUGGUGACAGUGGUGAAAGUUGUGGUUAUGGUGGUGAUGGUGGUGGUGGCAACAAUGAUGGUGAUAGGUGA